AGGCUGUGCGCCGCGGCAGGUCACGUGACACGAGCGCGGGCUUUGGAAGGCGGCGGAGCGAGAGCCUACCGGCUGCUAGUGGUGAGCGAACAGCGGGACUGAGAAGGGAGUCGGCCUGAGGUCUGUCCUGGGUCUCGCGGGAGCAAGCGUUAGCUAACGAGGCCUAGCGCUCCAGAGGCCAGCCAUCCCUUUUCUGUGUUGCUAUGGGGAUUCAAGGACUGGCCAAACUGAUUGCUGAUGUGGCCCCUGGUGCCAUCCGGGAGAAUGACAUCAAGAGCUACUUUGGCCGCAAGGUGGCCAUUGAUGCCUCCAUGAGCAUUUAUCAGUUCCUGAUUGCUGUUCGCCAGGGUGGGGAUGUGUUGCAGAAUGAGGAGGGUGAGACCACCAGUCACCUGAUGGGCAUGUUCUACCGCACCAUCCGCAUGAUGGAGAACGGCAUCAAGCCUGUGUAUGUCUUUGAUGGCAAGCCGCCACAGCUCAAGUCAGGUGAGCUGGCCAAACGCAGCGAGCGGCGGGCUGAGGCGGAGAAGCAGCUGCAGCAGGCCCAGGCUGCCGGCGCCGAGGAGGAGGUGGAGAAGUUUACCAAGCGGCUGGUGAAGGUCACCAAGCAACACAACGAUGAGUGCAAGCAUCUCCUGAGCCUCAUGGGCAUCCCGUACCUCGACGCGCCCAGUGAGGCAGAAGCUAGCUGUGCGGCCCUGGUGAAGGCUGGCAAAGUCUACGCCGCAGCCACAGAGGACAUGGAUUGCCUGACCUUUGGCAGCCCUGUGCUCAUGCGGCACCUGACUGCCAGCGAGGCCAAGAAGCUGCCCAUCCAGGAAUUCCACCUUAGCCGAAUUCUGCAGGAGCUGGGCCUGAAUCAGGAGCAGUUUGUGGAUCUGUGCAUCCUGCUGGGCAGUGACUACUGUGAGAGCAUUCGGGGCAUUGGGCCCAAGCGGGCAGUGGACCUCAUCCAGAAGCACAAGAGCAUUGAGGAGAUCGUGCGUCGGCUCGACCCCAACAAGUACCCUGUGCCAGAGAACUGGCUCCACAAAGAGGCCCAGCAGCUCUUCCUUGAGCCUGAGGUGCUGGACCCAGAGUCUGUGGAGCUGAAGUGGAGCGAGCCAAAUGAAGAAGAGCUUGUCAAGUUCAUGUGUGGUGAAAAGCAGUUCUCCGAGGACAGAAUCCGCAGUGGAGUCAGGCGGCUGAGCAAGAGCCGCCAGGGCAGCACCCAGGGCCGCCUGGAUGAUUUCUUCAAGGUGACCGGCUCUCUCUCUUCAGCUAAGCGCAAGGAGCCAGAACCCAAAGGAUCCGCUAAAAAGAAGGCCAAGACUGGGGCAGCAGGGAAGUUCAAAAGGGGGAAAUAAACAGGUUUCCCUUCAUUAUACCUCCUUGACCCCAGGAUAUCUGCCUUGCUGUACCCGCAAGAACUCGCUCUAGAGGAACCUCCGUGCAGUUGGGGGGCGCAGAUUGCUUCCCAGGCACCACCCUUCUCAGUAGUGCUUUUCCCUUUGUUACUUGACCUCAUGGCAGGAAGGCCAAAGGUACUUUGUUUUUUCUUUUCUUUUCUUUUUUUUGUUUUGUUUUUUUGUUUUUAGCUCAGGAAAGUAUGUCAGGCUCAAACCGCCUCUCAGGCAAUUUAAUGGACACUGAAUCCAUUGUUACAUGAAAGCCUUAGCAGCAAAUUUUGAAGAAGGGAAAAGGAGAUAAAAGGUGGAGACAAAAGACUGGAAAUGAUUUUCUGCCUGGCCGGCUGGUGGGCAAUAACCAUGGAACCAGACUGGCUUCUCUGGCUCAGCCUUGACCCACCCUGAGGGACAGCUGUCAGGAAGACUAAGCCUUAAACAGAUGGGAAGAGCUACAGAGAAUUCAGACAGGCAGGCAGUUUGAGUCCCUGGAGAUGGCAACAAGGGUUUGAUUACCAGCUGUGUGUCCUGGGGUGGACAGAAACUUGAACUUGCUACAUAACUCCAGUCUUUGUAGUGGUUAUUCAGAGGCAUGAGGUGGUGGCAUUCCUCUCAUGGCCUCUCUGGUAAUUAAGUUGAAACUUUGGGAUAAGAUGCUGUUUUCACGUGCAGUUUUUGUUUUAAAGGUAUGAGGAUAAAAGAGUCAAUAAAAUUAUAGA